GGGAAAACUUGCCUGCUGCUGCAUAAAGGCAAAGUAAACCCUCAGCAAUCAUCGACGAAGACUUUUCACAGAGGUGCAUAUAUGCUACGGCCCCGUGGCAAGUCCUCCGCUUGCGCAUUUAGCUUCCCCCAGAGCAGCUCUGCUUCUUCGGUCCCGCCCAUCUGGAUGAAACGUAAGCCAAAGCGAAUGCGUAAACUUGCCGACCUUCACUCUUUGGCCAUCUUGUCGCCCACAAGCUUGGUAGGAGGAGGAGGAGGAGGAGGAGGAGGAGGAGGAGGAGACUGGCAAGAGCUAACUUCUAGUGCCUGUAAGUCGCGGGCGUGGCAAAAGCUACAUAAGAGGAGGACAGAGCGACUAGUGAAGAUGAACGACAAACCGAAAGGGUCCGUGGAGGUAAUUCGCCCGACCUCCAAGAGACCCAACAAGCUCGAGGCAACUGACGUAAACGAGUUGGUCGAGAAUUUCACGAGGAGGGUGAUGGCGAAGCGAAUGAAAGUGAAACAACGACAUACGACCGCUGUCACGGUGGCAACACCACCUUCCAUGCCACGUGGCAGGAAGAAUGGAUCCAAAGCCUCGGAGGUCAAGCAGUCGCCAAGCACAUCGGAAGAAGCACAACCGGAGAAAACAGAAGGAACAGAAGGAUCUGGUACUCCACGGAGGACUACGAGGAAGUCAGAGCAGGGGAAAGGCGAAGGCGUACCCAUUUGGGAGAGAGGACACGAUCAGAGCACUUCGAGUGCACUCAAAGAGAAAAGCAAGCAGGCAGAAGGAUCGGAUUUGAUGCCGAGAAUCCGCCGGAGGAAGCUCGUUCACAAAAAGGGUGAAUCGUCAAGGUUGAGGGAAGGCGGCAGUGUGACCAUGGCAAGUGACAAUAUGGAUCGAUUGGCGGCAUUGGAGGAAGGAGCAGCGGUUUCAGACGUGUUCGGUGAGAUGGCACGAACAAAGAAGAAGAGGAGAAAGGGUGAGGGUGAACCUGUCCUGAAGGAGGGGCGUGUUGCAUGUGACAAUGAGAAUGUGUCCAGUCCGUUCUCAUUGUCCAGUCCGUCUAAGGAAGAAGAGAAACCAGAUCAAUCUGGUGCUUUAAUUCUGGGAAGCCAGCAGAAGUUUGUGCACCCUGAGGAGGAGGAAGAGGAGGAGGAGGAGGAGGAGGAGGAGGAGCCUGUGUUGAAGAACGGAGGUGCAAAGUGUGGGGAUAAGGCAGCCUCCACGCCGGCGAGGGAGACUCAUGACGGGGGCAUGACAUCACCAGAUCAAUCUGGUGCUAUACUUCUAGGAAGUCAGCAGGAGUUUGUGCACCCUGACAAGGAGGAGGAGGAGGAGGAGACUGUGAUGAAGAAUGGAGGUGCAAAGUGCGAUGAUAAGGCAGCCUCCAGGCCUGAGAGGGAGACUCGGGAGGGGGGGAUGACAUCACCAGAUCAAUUUGGUGCUACACGUCUAGGAAGUCAGCGGAAGUUGGUGUACCCUGAGGAGGAGGAGGAGGAGGAGGAGAAGGAUGAGGAGGAGGAGGAGGAGCCUAUGUUGAAGAAUGGAGAUGCAACGUGCGAGGAUAAGGCAGCCUCCAGGCCUGAGAGGGUGACUCAGGAGGGGCGGGGGACAUCGGAGUCCGGGGCAAAAGACAUGCAAGCUUUGGAGUUAGAGUAUACGCAGCCUCAAAGCCAUCGAACUUGGUCCGGGUUCAAACAACCAGAAGCCUUAGGGUGCAACUCACUUUCCGAUAAAACAGAUAUGUUCGGAGGGGUCCAUGUCAAGGACAGAUUAUCAACUCACGGCAGCACCCUCCUGAAGGGCCUGACAUCAGAAAUGCCAGGGGGUUCGAAGACCCCUGCACGUCCUACUGCUGAAGUAGCUGCUUCAUCGGAGGAUAUGUGUGCAAAGACUGCUAACAGUGCUAGUAAGAGUAAAGAAGCUGGGAAUGAACUGUGCUCCGUAGCGAUCCGCCAUCGGAAUAGCCCUCCUGGUGACCGUACGGAUGACAUGGAAAAAGCCUCCGCCACAGGAGGGUUAACACCGAGCCAUGACGACCCCAGUGGGUGUGGGCCGCGUAGUUUGUUGCAGAUCAGCAAUGGCGAGGACUAUCGAUCCUCUUCUCAAGUGGCAACCUUAGACCAGAGCGUCGAGCAGUUCGCUGCAGAUCGACAACGGCCACGAUUCUCGAGCUUCGAACAAGAGGAGGAGGUGCUUGUGGAAGAAGGUGGGACACCUCUUCUGUCAGAAAGAUCCCGCAACGACAGCAGCUGCCCUCAUUUGCUGUGUCUUACUAGCACCUUGCCAGUGUGCUCUGCGGGGACGGGAAGAGGAAAGUUUAACGUGCACCAGAGCGAACAGGCGGCUGAGGGGCGCAUUGUGCGUGCUUCAUCAUGGGUUGGAAAGAGGAAGAGGGUGGAAAGUGCUGUGCACCAUCAGCAGCGGAAGCUCCUCUGCGUUGUAAAGAAUGGUGACGGCAGUAACCGCAUUCCUCGUGACAAAAAGAGACCAGCCAUGCCAUCAGGGGUGACAGCUCUCAAGGUGCAUGCAGGACAUCAAGGGAAUGUAGCUACGGCGGAAGAUCCAGCAUGCUUGAGCGCCUCCGAUGCACAACUGAAUUGUGGUGAUGGCCGUAGCACUGCCCGGGAUGCACAGGUGUGCGGCGGAAACAUGGCAGCGAACAGGGCAGGCCAGAGCAGCAACAACCUCGACUACUUCGACAGGUAUGCGCCUGGAAGUCUUGCCUUGCACUCCAGCCUAGCCGCAGCAAGCCGCGCCGUGGAAGAGAGCAGGACCAUGGUUCGGGCUAAGCAGCAGCAGCAGCCUAUUCCAUCACAUGAAGAGAGUAGUGAGGAAGAGGACGGGCGGAAGGAUGCGACAGGGAGCGUUGUUCUGGAACCAAUUCGGAGAGCUGUUCAGGUGCAGCAAGGGAGAAGGCCUCCUGACCCUCAUGGAGAGAGCAGGACCAUGGCUCGGGCUAAGCAGCAGCAGCAGCCUAUUACAUCACAUGAAGAGAGUAGUGAGGAAGAGGACGGGCGGAAGGAUGCGACAGGGAGCGUUGUUCUGGAACCAAUUAGGAGAGCUGUUCAGGUGCAGCAAGGGAGAAGGCCUCCUGACCCUCAUGAAAUGAGGAGGCAUCAAGAACCCGGAGAACAUCGUACUGAGAGAGAGAAACGGACAAACGGUGUUGGUAAGGCGACCAUAUGCAUUGAACAAGAGCCAGGAGAGGAGAAGGGAGACAUGUCAGUGUUACCCAGAUGCUCAUCACCUGGCUCCCUUCUGGUAGAAGGAAAGGAGACGAUAAGACACCGUGCACCUUUACUAAUGAGAAAUGGGCAUUGUGCCAGCCUGAAGCAUGACCGUAGGGUGGCAGGAAGAGAGGCGAGAGAAGGAGGCUCCGAGAGUGCAGUUCUCAACAUAACUGCGGAGCUAAGAGGAACGGAUGGGAGUCGAAUCGGUCGACCAAGUGUGAAUGGCGUCGCUCCGCUUCUCGCUGUACAUAUAAGCGAGAACGGAACUUUGGGUCGAAUCUCCGGUUCGAGCGUGAGAGAAGCACCAGCUGCAGAGGAUUGUCCGGCCUCGAUAAAGAAGGGCAACAGGCUUCAUGACAUAUGUGAUGAAGCGGCUCACACAGGAGCUGUGCAGGCAGGAGCACCCUCAGGAAAAGCGUGUGAUGAAAGCUAUCGACAUCGACGAGAUGCGCAAAAUGAAUUACGACAGUCGGAUAAGAAGGAAGAGGAUACUGCUGUUGGGGGUUCCCCUUGUCCUUUGCUGAGGAACUCCAUGGCAAUGCACACUACCAGUACAGCUGAUGAUGACCCCCACAAUCGACGCCUCGUUCCCAGUGACAGAGGUUGCAGUGGCAGUGGCAUUCUUCCAUCGAGUGCGUGCGAAAGUGAUCCCUUCAGGAAUAGGAAGCCGGCAAUCGACGCCUCAGUCCCGUUGGCGGAAAGGUCCAACGGCCGGCGGGAAACUGUUGACUGCAGGGAUGGUUCUGAAAAGGAGACGAGCUCAGCGAUGGAGAAGACAAGGAAAAUGGGAAUGCCACAGCGGAGGUCAACCAGAGUACGGAAAAGUACUGACACAGCCAAAUGUGAUGGUAUCUGGUACGCAGGGGAGAUGACGCUCAAAGCAUUUGAGCGCCGACGCAUCGUGAAAAAGAAGCCUGUUAGAGCGACCAGAUCGCUACAAGGUGAAGGAAACCGUAAAGAUCCUUGCCAACGGGGUAACGAGCCGACAUCCACAGCACCGAAUCUGAGUCCUCGAGUGAGAAGUCAGGGCGACUGCAACAAGGCUUUGCAGCUGCGGCACAGAGCGUCCUUCAAUGGCCGUCACUGGAGCUCUUCCGAAACUUUAUCCCAAAACCAGGAGGGAGAGCUGAAAAAGACCUCCUCUUCGGCCGACAAGGACUCAGACUCAGAGAGGACACAUGGAUAUGAGCAAAAUGAAGAUGGGUGUACACAGGAGGACAAUGGUAAGCCUCCAAAGGAGGAGGAGGAGGAGGAGGAGGAGGAGGACGAGGAGGAGGAGGAGGAAGAAAUAAUGACGACGACAAGACAUCCAGAGCUGCACCUGCUUCUGAACGCGCGUCGCCAGUUUGGGCAGGUUUUGCAAUCCCUGGAAAAUGAGCGUGUAUGCAGUGAUCUGAAUGCGUUUGGCACAUCAACACGGUCGAGGGGUCAAGAAGGGGGUGAUGGGGGGCAGAUGCUUGAAAAGAAGCAUAUUACGUUCAAAGCGAGUGGACGGAUUGGCAGGAGAUCCGCGCGCAGGAAGAGCCAUCUCUGCCCGCACUGUUGUCAGAUCUACAACUGCGAACCUCGCACGUUCCAGUGCCAUGCCAAGCUCUGCUACUUAGAGCAAUCUGCGAUCAGAGCAAAACCAGCAAGGCAAUGCGAUAGGAGCAACGUCGCCAGAAAUAGGCGCAAAGGAAUAGCUAAACGACUGCCCGCAGCAGGAAAUAGUAGUCAUAUGGAUGGCUCAACUGGGCGAAAGGCGUUGCAAGAGCCAUGGAGAGUAGUUCCAAUGACGGACGACCAUGUGAUCGGCGUCCAUGUCCCGCCGCUGUGUGCCGAUUUCAAUAUGUGGGCGACGAAUGACCCCGAGAAUCGAAGACAUAGCUUAUCUGGGUUACAUAGGUUGACUGCACUCGCGAGUGUCGUGGAGGGCAUCACUCAGCAGGAGGACACAGCUAUCGGCUCGCUGCUCAGCUUCUGACACAGACCUACUUUCGUCAUGCAGAUGCCUCUCUCCGAUGUAAACCGAUUCUGGCGUAAACCGAUUUC